GUGAUUCGUUGGGGCUUGCGAGGGGGAGUGUGGCUGACGGGUGGUCGACCUGCACGCGUGACUCGUGUGGGAACUUGAGUGCUGCGGAAAUUGCACGUAUCCAACCACUUCAUAAUCUUCUCCACCAAUAGUGACUGUGUGGUGACAGGCGAUCACUUUACCGUCAUUGAAGCGCGGGCAUAGAUCCUGAGUGGCGUAUAAUGGGUGUCGUGACAGGGCGAGGCAAGUGUAGUGUUGUGAUGAAGGAAUAAUCUGAUUCAGAAAACAAGUAGCUAAGUACGCAUCGUGAACAGUGACUCGUGAUGGUGACGCCAAGAUGUGUAAGGCGCGGGCCGGGCGGCUUCCUCGGCGCCUGCACCAAUAUGGCAUGAGUGUGGGCGGCGGCGACGGCUGGAGCAAGUGCUGGUGAAGGCAGGUCGAGCGGCACCAGCUGCAGCAUCUGAAGGACUAGCGGCGGCUGAGCGUCUCCUUGGGGCAGCAGCAGCAGCAUGAGGGGCGCCGUGCUGCUGAGGGCGGCGGUGGGGGCGCUCCUGCUGCUGACCUGCCCGGCCCUGGCCAGGAUAGUGGGCUCCUGGAUGAACCUUGGUCUGCAGGGCUACGAGGUAUGGAGGAAUCCACAAAUUUACCUGAUCGGGUCCCAGCCACUGUGCACACAGAUCCCCGGGCUGUCCCUGGGCCAAACCAAACUGUGCCAGCUGUACCAGGACCACAUGGGCAGCGUGGGCCGCGGCGCUAAGACUGGCAUCCACGAGUGUCAAUGGCAAUUCAGGCACCGAAGAUGGAACUGUUCCACCGUGGACGACUCGACAGUCUUCGGCCCCGUCCUGCAGAUCCCGAGCCGUGAAGCAGCCUUCGCCCACGCCAUCGCCUCGGCGGGCGUGGUGUAUAGUGUGUCGCGGGCGUGCAGGGAUGGCCAGCUCACUACCUGUGGCUGUUCCCCCGCCCGCCGUCCCAAGGACCUCAACAAGGAGUGGAUCUGGGGCGGGUGUGGAGACAACGUGGAAUACGGAUACAAGUUCACCCAAGGUUUUGUUGAUGUGCGGGAACGCGAGAAGAACUACAAGCGUGGCUCCCUCAAGCAAGGCCGCCAGCUGAUGAAUCUCCACAACAAUGAGGCAGGACGAAGGGCUGUGAUCCGCAAGACCCGGGUGAACUGCAAGUGUCAUGGCGUUUCUGGGUCCUGCUCUCUCAUCACCUGCUGGCAGCAACUGGGAUCCUUCAGGGAAGUUGGUGACCAGCUUAAGGACAAAUAUGAUGGGGCCACUGAAGUGAAGAUCAAUCGGCGAGGCAAACUCCAAGUGAAGCAUCCCCAGUUCAAUGUUCCCACUGGCGAGGACCUCGUGUACCUCCUGGAGUCCCCAGACUACUGCAAGCGCAACAACACUGUUGGCUCACUAGGAACCCAGGAUCGUAUUUGCAACAAAACCUCAGAGGGCAUGGAUGGGUGUGAUCUGCUGUGCUGUGGGCGUGGCUACAACUCCCAAAAGGUGACACUCAGGGAGAGGUGUCACUGCAAGUUCCACUGGUGUUGCUAUGUGGAGUGCAAGACCUGUGUGAGGGUGGUUGACAUUCACACCUGUAAAUAAAGGACUGCAAUCAGCGCUUUAGUGAAUAAAAAAUACGGUGUAUGAAAUCUCUAACACAGAACUCUCAAUAGAUAAUAUAAAAUAUAAACUAAAAAACUGAAAAAUUAAAUCGUUUCCUCUACAGCCAUAUUCUCAGAGCCUCCAAUAGUAUAUAUGUUUGGAGGAGGCAAUAUGUUUCUUAACCUAGCAGUUGACGUACUUAAAAACUCGUAUGAAGCAAGACUAUAUAUAAUAGUGAAUCAAUGGCAAUAAAGACAAAAUACUCAUCUCAUUCAUAGGAUGUGCAUUAAUUUUGCUUGGUUGCUUAGUACUACUAAGUGGAAAUUAAUGACUAACAAGGAUGUGUGUAAAAUUAAAAGGGUCUAAAGUAAUGUAAUCAAAGUGCAAAACCUCUCAGUACUUAUGAAAACAUGUACAUAUAUAUUGAACAAAGAAAAUGAUGGAGGAUCAUGAAAAUGCUACCAUUACUCUAGUGCAAGUCUCAGUAUAGUACUCGAGUAAUGGAAAACAGACAUGCUGGUGGUACGAGAGACAUUCUGAUAGCGAUGACCUACUGAAUGUGCAAUGCUGAAAAUUAUCCAUGUAAAGUUAAGAUCAAAAAUAUUUUCCUUUGAACAUUAUGGGGUAUGUUUAUGAAAUAAUGUACAGUACAAUGUGUGGUGAAUCUUAUGUGUAAUUACUUCUCAUCGUAGUCAUAAAGAUACUAAGUGGCAGCUUAUAUCUAUUGUACAUUGUAUUUGUAAAUAUCAUAUUUAAAUUAGUAUAUUGUGAGAAAUGAGUGUACCGUAGUUUUCAUGUUAAUACUGUAUGUACCUUUAGGUGACUUUCUCAGUGGUAGGUAGUGUUCAUCACCUUGUGGGCCACCUCUGUCUGGCCAGCCUGUCACUUGUCUGCAAGUCAACAAACAACUCACUCAUCUGCCAAACACACACAUGCAGACACACACACACACACACUCAACACCUUGCCAGGAAGAAAAUGGAAAACUAUUCAAUUCUGAAAAGCAUAACAUUGCACAAGAAUUAUAUUUUGUGAUUCUUGAAAUAUCAGUUUUGUCCUUAAGAUAAAAGUAUAUUUGAUGUUACUUUUAAGACCACUUGUGUAUCAGCACCUAAUAAGCAGCAUAGUUAUUCAAGGUGCUAAGCAGCAUGAAAUAAUUUGUAAAAGGAUAGAUAAUAAUAGCAUUAAUAACAGAUACUGACAAUAUCAUAUAAUCCAGUACUAUGGUACACACUAUGACUGCUUCUGGCAUAUAAAAGCAAAUGAUUCAAAGACAGCCAACACCAUAAUUAUCUCAGUGACUACUUGGAUUUUAGCCAACACCAUAAUUAUCUCAGUGACUACUUGGAUUUUCACAGUUCACAAAGAGAAACAAAUAGACCUUUAAACUACAAUAUCUUCCCUUUCCAGUUUGUGGUUUACAAUGAAUGUUGUAAUGCACAGUUCUUCAGGUUAUUGUUAGUUUAAGGUCACACAUUGCUGACCAGUGUACACCAGAUAUUUCAGGUCUGACAAAAUAUGUAGUUACGUGUGCAACUGAAUAUUACAUUAGUUUUUCCAUAUUUGUGUUCUGUAUGUUGGCUCAUAAGGGUACAAUUGCAUGUAGUUCAUCAGAUGUAAUGAAAUAUGUAUUAGAAAAUUAGAGGGAUCACAAUGAAAUCUACAAAUCAUCA